UAGGAAACGUCAAAACUCGGCCGCUGAGGGGGCUGCAGCUUGAGGCUCUGAGUUCGGAAGGAUCCGGUACGUUUCUGGGAUUCACCCCCUCCUCACCUCCACCGGUGUGAACAAGUGAAGUUUGAACCGGCUUCUCCAUGGCCUGGGCGCCCGUUCCCGGCUGAGUCGUUUUCUUUUUGGCUGAGGCCCCCGCCCAGAGGCCGAUUCGUCGCGGCGGCGGUGGGAUCGCAGGUCGCUCAGGCUUGCAGAUGGGUCAGGGGCUGUGGAGAGUGGCCAGAAACCAGCAGCUACAGCAGGAAGGCUACGGUGAGCAAGGCUACCUCAGCAGAGAGCAGAGCAGGAGGGUGGCUGCCAGCAACAUGUCUCACACCAGUCAUCGCAAACACGUCCAGGGGGGCAUUGACAUAUAUCAUCUUCUGAAGACAAGAAAGUCUAAAGAACAGGAAGGAUUCAUUAAUUUGGAAAUGCUGCCUCCCGAACUAAGCUUUACCAUCUUGUCCUACCUGAAUGCAACCGACCUCUGCUUAGCUUCCUGCGUUUGGCAGGACCUGGCCAAUGAUGAACUUCUCUGGCAAGGGCUGUGUAAAUCCACUUGGGGUCACUGUUCCAUUUACAACAAGAACCCACCUCUAGGAUUUUCUUUCAGAAAGUUGUACAUGCAGCUGGAUGAAGGCAGUCUCACCUUUAAUGCCAACCCAGAUGAGGGAGUGAACUACUUUAUGUCCAAGGGCAUCCUUGAUGAUUCACCAAAGGAAAUAGCAAAGUUUAUCUUCUGUACAAGGACACUAAAUUGGAAAAAACUGAGAAUUUAUCUUGAUGAAAGGAGAGAUGUCUUGGAUGACCUUGUAACGCUGCAUAACUUUAGAAAUCAAUUCUUGCCCAAUGCACUGAGAGAAUUUUUUCGUCACAUCCAUGCCCCUGAAGAGCGUGGGGAGUAUCUUGAAACACUUAUAACAAAGUUCUCACAUAGAUUCUGUGCUUGUAACCCUGAUUUAAUGAGAGAACUUGGCCUUAGUCCUGAUGCUGUCUAUGUACUGUGCUACUCUUUGAUUCUACUUUCCAUUGACCUCACUAGCCCUCAUGUGAAGAAUAAAAUGUCAAAAAGAGAAUUUAUUCGAAACACCCGGCGUGCUGCUCAAAACAUUAGUGAAGAUUUCGUGGGGCACCUUUAUGACAACAUCUACCUUAUUGGCCAUGUGGCUGCAUAAAAGCACAAUUGCUGGGACUUCAGCUUUUAACUGCAAACUAAAGCUACCCAAGGACCUAUUUAGCAGAUAUGGGAGUGACAUUAGUGCUGGUCAUUCUAGCCUCUGUAUACAAUCAAGCUUGAGUGUACAACCUUUUUCCUUUUACUCUUUUCUUUUUAGUGACUUCUUUGGGGAACUAAAGAAUUUUGCAGAAUUUUUCUUAAUUUUGCUUAUCAUGUUUUGCACAAAGCAGAGCCAUUGUCUGACACAGCUGUUUAAGAAUGUUAAACUGACGUUAUACUCUAAAAAAGAUGGGAUAUUUGUGCAUUAGAUUUUGCCUGAAACUUUAUUCAUUUCCAUUCUUUUUUAAAAUACCAUGUAAUAUGUACAUAUUUAACUAAAAAUUUAUAAUCAUAAUUAUUUUAUUGUAAAGAUUUUGACUAAAGCCUUUCCUUUUUCUCUCAAACUGAGUUCUGAAAUUUAUUUGAUAAGAAAGUAUGACUGUCUUCAUAAAACUUGCAUCUAACCUGGAUAGAAACCGAUACCAGCUUCUCUUUCCAGUCUUUGAAGAGUAUAUUUGUCUCUAUGCAAAACAAGCACUUAUUUUUACAACAUAAAUUCAUCACCUGACUUCAUUUUUAAAAUUUCUGCCUUAGUUAAGUCUGAAGUCCUUUAAACCGUAGCAAAACACAUUAAAAUCUAAGGUUUCCACACAUAAGAACAAAAUGCUGUUAGAACUUAUAUCCAAAGUAAUUAGUCAGACCUUACUAUUCUUCUAAUUGUGAUGAUUUCAGCUCAGAAUCAGCUGGGAAAGGAAUCUUGUGAAUGAUAGAAACUGUCUUUAUUCGCUCAUUCAGUAAAUAUUUAUCAAGGCCUUCCAUGUGCUAAGGGACUUUUAGGCUGGUAGCAAACAAUUUCUAGGGUCUUCCCAGGUAGUACAAUGGUUAAGAACCUGCCAAUGCAGGAGACUUGGGUUUGAUCCCUGAGUCAAGAAGAUCUCCUAGGGAAGGAAAUGGGAACCCACUCCAGUAUUCUUGCCUGGAAAAUCCCAUGGACAGAGGAGCCUGGCGGGCUAUAGUCCAUGGAAUCACAGGAGCACGACUGAGCACACACACACACACAAUUUCUAAGAUUCCAAAGCAAAUAUCUAAUUAUGUUUCACACGUAUGUAAGUUUGAAUUCCACGACAAAAUAAUUCCAAUAAAUGUCUUUAUAAAUGCCUCAUCCAUGUAAACCAAACCCAUAUCUGUCUUUUUACAAGCUGUUCUUUCUGUGAUAUCCUUUACCGUUUUUUGUAUCUAAGGUCCCCCUACUAUCAUCUAAGAUCCACUUCAAAUAUAAUUUCUUGGUCAAAGCUAUAAAAGACUGUCUCUAUCAUAUAAUAUAUACCACUGGUGUUAAUUAAUUUUCUACAUGUCCAACUUCUUUAUCAAACUGUAGUCUUACUAAUGUCAAGGAUUACUGCUAGUCUGUCUAUUCUGUUAGAUUCUGUUCUAAGGCUUGAACUAAGCAAGUGGUAAAGGACUUAGUGAGGAAGAAAAAGUUUUUAAAAACACACAACUGAAAAUUGAUAGGAUUUAGUGAUUUGGAAGAUAAGUUUCUAAUAUGAGGAUCUGCUUAUUCCAUUAUCAAAGGUAACUAGUAGGAAAAGCAACGAGUGGAAUGAAGUGGAAAAGAUAAUGAUUCUAAUUUGGGGAUGUCUUGAAUUUGAAAGUAUCAAUAGAACAUUGAAGCUAAAGAAUAAGACUAGAUAUGUAAGUUUGAGGGUAAUUAGAAUUUGGAGUAUGCUACCCAGUACUCUUGCCUGGAAAAUCCCAUGGACGGAGGAGCCUGGUAGGCCCCAGUCCAUGGGGUCGCUAAGAGUCGGACACGACUGAGCGACUUCACUUUCACUUUUCACUUUCAUGCAUUGGAGAAGGAAAUGGCAACCCACUCCAGUGUUCUUGCCUGGAGAAUCCCAGGGACAGGGUAGCCUGGUGGGCUGCCAUCUAUGGGGUCGCACAGAGUCGGACACGACUGACGCGACUUAGCAGCAGCAGCAGCAGCAUACAAGGUGAAGCAUGAAGUCCGAAAACAAAGGUUUGUAAAAACUGUAGAAAGACCAGGGAAUAAUGGAAUCCCAAGAGCUAGGGAUUCAAGAAGGAUGCUGAGCUUUGCAUGUGCUGCAGCCCAAGUAGAUUUGUUUUUCCAUUUACACCUAGGCCUUUUUUGAGUAUACCUUCUCCACUUGGGGCUGAGUUCUUUGAGACUAGAAAAUAAUGGUAGUGCUAAUGGCUUUUAUAUUGUCUCUGGCCAAAUACCUCCUUGUUCAGUGUGUAAUCUGAACUCUGCUGAAACCAGUAACAGUACUUAUGGUCCUCUGCAACUCAGACCUGUCUACACUUUCCUUCCCAGUAAGGGCUCUGCUGUUUCAAGCCCAGAAUACACCAUACCAACUAUGCGCUGCCCGUGCCUCCCUCCUAUACACCAUCACCACUUACACUUUAACAUGCAGUACGAGCUAUAUUAAGAAAAGCAAAGGGAGAAUAUGCUUGAAAACUUUCAGAGCCGUCCAAAUUUACCUCCAUCAACAGGGUUUUUUUCUAACAUUAUUCUGUCCAAGCUAACAAUCUCUAAUCUCAUCUGUUCUACUUUCUCUCUGGAAAGCUUGUAAUCCCUCACUAUUUACCUGUUGAGAUGUUAAUUGCCCUUCAAAGUCCCCUCAUACUUUUUGCCUCCAGGGCAGCUUUCUCAAUUCUUGCAGGUGGGAAUUGUAUUCUUAGAUCUCCCUCAAUACCUAACAUAGACCUUGGCCUGGAAGCAGUUUCUCAAUAAACCCAAAAGUGUAUUAUUCUAGCCCUGGUUUAGUUUCUAUCUAAGUAUACAGAAAGAUGGCUUUACUGUUUGCAUUUCAAAAAAAUGCAUCCAGACUUUUCAGGUGUACCCAUUUUACAAAUCAGGAUGUAUUAGAGUUAAAAUAAUGCAGAUCCAACCAGUAUACUGUUCUAGUGAACAUUUUCUUAAAUAUUACUAUUAAUCAUGUAAUGAACUGGCUAUGGUUUCUUUUCAAGCAUUGUAAGUGAAUAUGUCUACUUUAGGAAAGCAUCCUAAGGAAAUAAUCCAAAAUAGAGGAAGAGCAGUAGGUACAGUCUUUGUCACAUCAUUGUUUUAAUACAAAAGGAAAAGUAACAAUUGGAAUGCCCCAAACUUGUGGCUGUUCUAACAAAUAAUAAAUAUUUAAGUUUAUACUAGACACCAGAAACUAAGGACUGGUCAAGUAGACCAGAACACAUCCUCAAAAAAAAAAAAAGAACACAUCCUCAUAACUAUGAUGCCAUGAUGUUAAUAAUGUGUUAGCAGUUGUAAAUUAUGGUAAAUAUUUAAAAGGAUAUUGAAUUACAUAUAAACACACACAUUACAAUUACUAUGUAAAACAAAGCAAAAGCCUAUGACUGAAAAGAACAGAUUGGCACACAAUAUACCAAAAUAGUAUGGAUAAUGAAAUUUUUAAAAUUUCUUCUUUCAAAUGUUCUUAAUGGUCAUGUAUUUUAGACAGAACAAAAUAAAUUCUUUAAAGUAUUCAGAAAAUGAUAGAGUGUUCCUAAUUUGGCUAGUAGAGUUUCCCUUCAUAAUGUUUCCAUGCAUUUUUAUUCAAAACUUGUUUUAUUUUUAAAAGACACUUG